AGCAGAAAUCAGUUGGCACUCGACCGUGCACGUAAGCCCCUGAAGAAUUAACUGACAGAUCGAUUAAGUCAUCGACAACGCACUAGGAGCCAUAAAUACAUGAACGAUGACCUCACAGUGAUUGCAAAGUGCUCAACAAUUACCAACUGACGUCAAGAAGUGAUAAUUUGCCAUUCUGUCAUCGAAUAAAGUCGAUAAAAUCAUUAGUGAUCAAUCGAUAAUCAUUGAUGCGUCGAUGACCUCAGUGUGAUCACAAAUUGUCACCGGCAGUUACAGGGCAGAGGACAUCGAGAGAUUGUGAAGUUGUCGAGAGGGGAAUCAAUAAUUCAAGAUGAGCACGAUGACAGUUCUGUGUCAGUCGAGGGUUAAUUUUGGGGCUUAUAUCCUAGGAGGUGGAUUCAAGUGCUGCUCGAGGGGGUGGCUGGGGCAGAGAAGGAUCUCCGGAGGGAAGAGAAGAUUUGGAGCUGCUAUUGGAGCGACAGCUAGUCCUGGUACUCUUCCUGGAGCACUUUCCAAGCAACAGGCGAAGGAACUCGCUGUUAAACUUACUAAUGAUGAGAGAACGGUGUUGAUUCACGCACUCCAGGAAUGCCAGUCCGAGAAGACACGAGCAGAGUAUGAGGGUCAAUUGGCAGCAUUUCGCUGGCGGAGUAAAUUCGGCAGACCCAGCAGUGUCCCCUCACUGGGAGACGUCGACCCCACUGGGAGUUACUGUGCAGUACCUGACGACUGGCUACUAAAAAAGUAUGUUGCAACAGUACCACAGCCACAACGGAAAGAUCUGAUGAGAGUGGCCGUCGCAAAUGCGAUUCCAUUUAUUGGAUUUGGAUUUCUUGAUAAUUUCAUCAUGAUUAUUGCUGGGGAACAAAUCGAAACAUCGGUUGGUGCUGUGAUAGCUAUAUCGACGAUGGCAGCAGCUGCGCUGGGCAAUACGAUAUCGGACAUUCUGGGGAUUGGAUCGGCGUAUUACGUUGAAUUACUCGCGCAAAAAAUUGGAUUUCAGCCGCCCCGAUUGACGCCCAUACAACUCGAUCUACCUAAAUCGAGAUUAGCAGCCAAUUUGGGUCGAGUUAUUGGAGUGACAAUUGGCUGCAUGUUAGGAAUGACUCCACUUCUCUGGUUGCACCCAGAUUCGAAAAAGGACGACAAUUCCGUGGAAGAAGACGGAAACUAAAUAAUUGACAAAUAACAGGGCAUUCACAUUUUUUCGCAUGACUCAGUCAGUCACUUUGUUAAUAGUUGCCAUACUCCAAGAACACGAAUAAUUUGUAAGCAAAAAAUAACUCGCUAAGCAUAACGUCCAUAAAAAUGUUUGCUUUAUGUACGUAAAAAUGUAUAUAGUGUAUCCAUUGUUACGAAGAGCGUUCUAGAAUUUCUAAUUAUUAUUAUUAGUGACGUUUUUAUUUACUUUGCAGUCAUUACUGACUUCUCAACUCUUUCCGUAGAGACGAAACUAAGUUCUAUGUGUGAAUUAGGUGAAAAAAAUUAUAGAAAUGACAAAUUAGAGAGUUGAAGUGUUGAAUGAAGAAUUUUAGAAAAAACCGGAAUUUUUAGAUGAGUUAAUGUGGACCAAGGAAUUGUAAAAUCGUAACAAUCAAAAUUGUUGAGGGGAUUGGUAGGAAAAGAUAAGUCUGAGAGUGUGGCAGAUAUGUGUAUAACUAAUGGAACUAUUUCCGCGAACAGCUUCUGAAGACAAUGUUUUGAAAAAUUGUAGAGGGAAAUUUGAACUCAUUUUAUUUAAGAGACGUUACUGUAUUAUUCCAGAACAAAUGCAUUUAUGCCCAUUUUCAAAAUGAAAUAAGGCAGGAAUUGAAAAAGAGCUGAUUUAGAGCGUUCUGAAUUUGUUAAAUCUACGGUUAAGUUGUGAUUUUAUUGAAAUAUUUAUUUCUAAAAUAAAAGAAGAAUAAAACUUAUUUGUUCUCCUGAA